AUGUCCCAUCCCACAACCACAACCCUCCAGACCAACUCCGCCCUGACCCUCUCCCUUCUCACCUCCCUAGGCGGAAUAAUCGGCUACGCGCGCACGGGCUCUAUCCCUUCCAUCGCGGCGGGCAUCUCCGUCGGCGCAAUCUACCUGUACUCGUUCUCGCGGCUGCGCAGCGGACAGUCAUACGGCGACGAGCUCGGAUUGUUGGCCUCAAUCGUGUUGGGGGGCAGUUCAGUGCCGAGGGCAAUUAAGACGAGAAAGAUGGUUCCUGUGGGGUUGAGUUUGGUGGCGAUUUAUGGAUUGUUGGUGUUUGGGGCGGCGGUGAAAGGGAAGAGGGCUUAA